AUGUCUGGCGAACUAACAAACAGCGACUUCCGGCUCAUCUUUGACAACUAUGAAAAGGAAAAGAAGGAAAGAGAAAACAACUUGUUGCUGAAGGAGCAGAAGAAGUUGAAGAGAAAGCAAAAAUAUUUAACAAAAAAAAAAAAAAAUGAAGAAAAGGAGGAACAAAAAUAUAGAGACAGAGCAGAAGAAAGAAGAAAAGGAAUUGUAAAAGAUGUUCCAGACGCAAGUGUGCUAUAUGACAAUGCACAUAACACAAUUGAUGAGUCGAAGUUUAUGGGAGGAGAUACGGAACAUACACAUUUGGUUAAAGGGCUUGACUAUUUACUUUUAAACAAAGUAAGAAACAAAUUAAUUGAUAAGAUAAGCUCAGAGAAGGAAAAAUUAAAAGCAAAUAAAACAAGUGAUGGUCGUUUAUCCAACAAAAUACCAACUUUUUCAAACGAUGAAUCGAGGCACAUUUUUAAAUAUUUUUUUUUGUAUGAACAUCCACAUCAUAUACACUUUAAAAAAAAAAUAGAAAACAUUUAUGACAACAUAAUAAAUAACAUGAAAUUUAAAAAUUACAAUAAAAAUAUUUACUCUGUUAAUUAUAAGUACAACAUUAAUAUGGAGGUGGAAAAAAAUGACGUGCCUAUCAGGUAUAUAUACAAGGUAGACGACGUUAAGGUGAAUUAUACUUAUCAUUUGAAGUCUUCCGUUUUGGACGAAAUAGACGUUUGCUUUAAGUGGCACAUGGAAAAUAGGAAAAAAAAAAAACAUGAAAGAUUGCCAAAGAGACCACUAACAGGUAGUUUUUUUCAGCAGGAACAGAAUUAUGAGCUUGGUCAGGAGGACGACGAUGACAUUGACAUUUUUAAGAACGAUGGGGGUGCGGUUAGCGGUGACACCAAACGGGCGAACAGCACAGCCACUGCGACGGAUUCUGCGAAUGAUAGGGGUAACCACGUAGGAAGCAGCGCAGACGAGGAGGAGGAUGACGACGACGAUGAUGAUUACUCUGAGGAAGACGAGGAUGAUGAUGGCAGCUCAAGUGCCAGUGAUGUGCUCACGAAGCAACGCAAUGUGGAACAACAUGAAAAAGAAAAAAAUAAAGAGACACAACUGGACAAGAGCAAUAACAUAAACUUGCUCUAUUCUGGAAAAUUGCCCGAUAAAGGGAAAAGCAGAACUGAAAAUGAGAAUAAUAAGAACAGCGUAACUGGAAAUGUUUUCAAGGACACAUAUGAUGAGUGCUAUCCGGGUUAUAGGAAAAGCGGCUUUUUUUAG